AUGGGUAGUCUAGGGAAGACCGACGACGUGGCAAUGACCGAGGUUCCCAUUACAGAGGCGAUACAGGUGUGUCAAGCCGCCCUUGAAAAGGCGGGAGGAUAUCCGCCCAGCGACGCAGAGAUCAUCACGCAACAUUUGGUCGACGCCGAGUGCCGAGGGAGUCCUAUGGCUGGAUUGGCUAGGGCAUUGAGCAUCAUCGAUCACCUUCAAAAGAGUCCAGGUCCAACCAAAUCCUCAAAGGACAUCGAGACGACCAGCGAAGGUCCUACAUCUGUCAAACUCAAUGGCUGCAACGUGGUGGGAUAUCUGGUAGCUCACAGAGCGACCGAGCUGGCGAUUGAGAAAGCCAAAGCAUCGGGCAUGGCUAUUGUGGGCGCCAAUGAUUUCUGGUAUAGCGGGAAUUUGGCGUAUUUUGCCGAGAUGGCCACUAAACAUGACAUGAUCUCGGUGAUUUUCUCCAAUUGUUCUCCCAUGGUCGCGCCUGAAGGUGCGGUCGAGGGUCGAUUUGGCACAAAUCCCAUGUGUAUAGGGUUUCCUACCUCUCUCAAGGAUCGGCCAGUGAUAUGGGAUAUUGGGACCAGCAAUAUCAUGCACGCGCAGAUUAUGCGCGCCCAACGACUUGGGAUCAGCUUGCCGGAAGGCGCCGCCUACACCAAAGAUGGCCAGCCGACGACAGAUCCGGCCACGGCCAUUGACGGCGCGAUGACGGUCUGGGGCGGCCAUAAAGGUAGUGGUUUGGCCGUCAUGAUUCAAUUACUGGGAAUGGCUGCAGGCAGCAGUGCGAGACCAGAGGGAUUGAGUGGGUUCGGGUACCUGGUCAUGAUGUUUGACCCAGCCGUUCUUCGACCGAUCGAUGAGGUGAAGCAGGAAGCGGACGAGUAUGCCGAAUGGCUGCGAUCGGCCAAACCUCUGGACGGUGGACCUCCGGUGCGCAUGCCGUUUAAUGGGAGCUAUGAACGUCGCAAGACUGCAGUCGAGCGUGGGACGAUUCGAAUACCGACGGUUCUGAUGGAGCAAUUGCGCAAGAGAGGUGCUACAUAG